CUCCGUCGUAACUACGUACUAAAGCGACAGUGCUGCCACGCGUCGGAGCGUUUAACGAACGCUCACCGGUGAAUUACGACAUGGCCGUUCGUGAAGCGCGUAGGGUCCCUUCUUGAUCCCGUAUUUUAUCUCGAUUAUUUAUUGUUUAGUGUAAUAAAAAUAGUCGGCAAGAUGAACAUGUCCGUGGAGAAAAAGAAAUAUCCUUCGGCAUUACCGACGAAUUGGUCAACGAGGGAGGAAACGGCUAGAAAAAGUCAAAAUCAAUUGACGUCUACGGGAAAGGUUGACGUUUAUUAUUACAGCCGUGGUGUAAGGAACGACGCAUCGUUGGUACCGCCUAUAAGGCAAACUGCUUCCAUAUUUAAACAACCGGUUACUAUAUACAAAACGCAAGAGGGAAAAGUAAAGGAUUUAAAGCAUGGUAAUCAAGAGAAACCAAAACAGGAAGGAGCCGAUAAAGCUGAUGGCAAAUACGGCUCCCAAGAUAAGCCUAAACAGCUAUUUUGGGAGAAACGUUUAGAAGGUCUCAGAGCUUGCGAUCCAGAUGGAUACGAGUUUGACGCAAUGGAUUUACCGAAGUCUCUUAAACCGGUAGGACCGUAUAUAACCGAAGAAACUUUGUUACAAAGCGUAGCUACGGCUCUUCACGUAUCCUCUCAACCUGUUACUGGCCAAACAGGAUCUAAAACGGCACUGGAAAAAAAUCCUGGAGUAUUUCUUAAUCCCGAUCAACCCCUCGUACAGGCUGUUUCCAUAGCGGACGAAGACAUCAAGCGACAAGAGGAUCGCGUAGCACUAGCGAGAAAAAAAUUGCAAGAGGCGCUACGAGGGAUGCCUACGUAAAGUCUGUUAGCCAUAUUAUCGAUAAUACAUUCUUUAGUUUUAA